GUGACACGUGGCCCUGUCUCCACCUCGCCCCGCUCAGGAAAAGCUCGCGGCCUCCCGCGUCCGGACCCGCACUCGAGGCCUCCCGCGCGGUCCCGCCUCCGGCAACGAUGCUCGCCGCCGCGCGCCCCGCGUCCGCCCACCUCCUCCUACUCGUCCCACUCCCUUCUCCUCCCCGCCUUUCGCGUCCCGCCCCCACCCGCAGGCUCUACGCCCUCGCCCCUGCCCGCCGCCCUGCGGCCGUGCGCGCGCGCCGCGAAUCCUCUCCUCCCGCCGCGCCCGCCCCGGCCGACUCGCUCGACUGCGUCGGCACUGGCUCGGAUGUCGAGUGCUUAAUCGACGCCGGCGCCAAAGACGCCGCUAGUCCCCUCCUCCCCGCGCGCUCCCCAGCCGCCCCAGGCGCGUCCAAGGACGAUGGGAAGAAGAGCGAGGGCGACGCGGCGGCGGUCUCGGCUUCCCUCCUCUGGGAGUGGGCAUCCCUGGUGUCGCCCUUCUUCUUCUGGGGCACGGCUAUGGUCGCCAUGAAGGGGGUCAUCCCCCGCACGGGCCCCUUCUUCGUCGCCGCGCUGCGCCUGCUCCCGGCGGGCGCGCUGCUCGUCGCCUUCGCCGCCGCGCGCGGCAGGAAGCAGCCCGCCGGCUGGGAGGCCUGGCUCGCCAUCGCCGCGUUCGGACUCAUCGACGCCGCCUGCUUCCAGGGCUUUCUCGCGGAGGGAUUGCAGAAGACGUCGGCUGGGCUCGGGAGUGUCAUCAUUGACUCGCAGCCAUUGACGGUUGCUAUCCUUGCGUCACUGCUCUUUGGAGAGUCGAUUGGCGCCGUAGGAGUUGGAGGGCUCGUGCUGGGUGUCGUGGGGCUCUUGCUUCUAGAGGUUCCAGCACUGUCAAUUGAAGGAAAUGACACAACAAUCUGGGGAAGUGGGGAAUGGUUGAUGUUCCUCUCAGCUCAAAGCAUGGCAGUUGGAACUAUCAUGGUCCGCUGGGUGUCAAAGUACUCGGAUCCAAUUAUGGCAACAGGAUGGCACAUGAUUAUAGGUGGGCUUCCUCUGCUUGUUAUAUCUGUUCUUAAUCAUGAUCCUGCUCUGAGUGGCCAUAUUCAAGAUCUUACAUUGAGCGACAUAUUAGCACUUGGCUAUACAUCUAUAUUUGGCAGUGCUGUCAGCUACGGUGUAUAUUUCUACAAUGCUACUAGGGGUAGCUUAACCACACUUAGUUCUCUCACUUUCUUGACCCCCAUGUUUGCAUCCGUUUUCGGGUACCUCUACCUGGGUGAGACCUUCUCACCAGUACAGCUUGGUGGUGCGCUUCUCACACUGGUUGCCAUCUACAUGGUCAACUACAAAAGCAUUAUAGGUGAGAAAUAAGAGGCUAUCACAUACCUGUGUGGUUUCUAUCCCAUAAGGGUGGUUGGGUGCUGCAUGCAGCACCUAUUCCCACUUAUUGGGUUCAGGAAUCUGAAGAUUAAGGACAAUCGGAAGACUCGGGCAAAUUAUCGGAUUGGAGAGAGAUGUGCUCUGUUUCAGGUCUACAAUGAAAAUGCAGUAUAAAGUGACACAAAACCAAACAGGUUCCAUCAGUUCCUUCGACAUUACUAUUAGAUUUCCUGGUUAUGUCAUCGCAUGCUUCUAGGUUAGCCAGCAGCCUUUUUCUCUGUUAUGUGGAGCUGAGAAAAAAAUUAUAAUUUAUAGGAUGCUUCCACAUUGUAGUUGAUAUGCAUUAUCAGAUAGGGAGCAUUGUGCAGUGAUCAGAGCAUGGAAAUAGUUGGAAGGAAGGCUCAUUUGUAUAUAUGAAUUCGCUCCAUUUUCAAAUAUAUGCUAGAAUUUUUGUGUGUCA